UGGGGUGGCUGCUUUCCCAGGCAGUGAAGGCAAAGGCUGUGAUGGCGGCGAGUGUGUUGACUUGGGUACAGACGGGGGCGCCGUGGGCCCUGGCGAUCUGGCGGAUGCCGUGGCUGCCGCUUUUGCUGAUCGUGACGGCGGCGGCUGCGGAGCAGCAAGUGCCGCUGGUGUUGUGGUCCAGUGAUCGGGACUUGUGGGCUCCAGCAGCCGACACGCACGAGGGCCACAUCACCAGCGACAUGCAGCUUUCUACCUACCUAGAUCCCGCCCUGGAGCUGGGUCCCCGGAAUGUGCUGCUGUUCCUGCAAGACAAGCUAAGCAUCGAGGAUUUCACAGCAUAUGGUGGUGUGUUUGGAAAUAAACAGGACAGCGCCUUUUCUAAUCUGGAGAAUGCCUUGGACAUUGCCCCUUCCUCGCUGGUACUUCCCGCUGUCGACUGGUAUGCAGUUAGCACUCUGACUACCUACCUGCAGGAGAAGCUUGGGGCUAGUCCCCUGCAUGUGGACCUGGCCACGCUUCGGGAGCUGAAACUCAAUGCCAGCCUCCCUGCCCUGCUGCUCAUCCACUUGCCCUAUACAGCCAGCUCCGGUCUGAUGGCGCCCAGGGAAGUUCUCACAGGCAAUGAUGAGGUCAUUGGGCAGGUGCUGAGCACACUCAAAUCUGAAGAUGUCCCUUACACAGCAGCUCUCACAGCUGUUCACCCUUCCAGGGUGACUCGUGAUGUAGCCAUGGUGGCUGGUGGGUUAGGUCGCCAGCUGCUUCAAGCACAGGCAGCAGCACCAAGUGCGAUCCAUCCUCCUGUGAGUUAUAAUGACACUGUGCCACGGAUCCUGUUCUGGGCCCAAAACUUCUCUGUGGCAUACAUGGGCCAAUCGGAAGACCUGACCCGCCUCACCUUUGGGAAGCAGGACCUCAACCUGACUGGCUCCUUCUGGAAUGAGUCCAUUGCUAGGCUUUCACUGACCUACGAACAGCUCUUUGGUACAAUGGUGACAUUCAAAUUCAUUCUGAGUAACCGAUUGUACCCAGUAUCUGCCCGACACUGGUUUACCAUGGAGCACCUUGAAAUCCACAGCAAUGGGUCUGUUGCCUACUUUAAUGCCUCCCGAGUGACAGGGCCCAGCGUCUACUCCUUCCAUUGUGGCUAUGUCAGCAGUGAUCGCAAGAAUGGCAAUCUGCUUGUGGCAGCCACAGAGCCCUCUCACUGGCAGAUUACUCUUCAGGACUUCCAGAUCCAGGCUUUCAAUGUGACAGGUGAGCAAUUCUCCUAUGCUAGUGACUGUGCUGGCUUCUUCUCCCCUGGCAUCUGGAUGGGACUGCUCACCUCCCUCAUCAUGGUUUUCAUCUUUACCUAUGGCCUGCACAUGAUACUCAGCCUGAAGACCAUGGAUCGCUUUGAUGACCAUAAGGGCCCCACCAUCUCUUUGACCCAAAUUGUGUGACCUGUGGCAGUGCGGGUUUGAGGGUAUCAUGGUGCCCAGGCGGUCACUUUCUCACUUUGUGGAUUCCCCUUUUCCUACUAUAGCAUGAACCUCAGUUUGUCUGGCUCCCUCCUCAACCUGCUGAGGGUUUUUCCCGGGGCUUCCCCCCAUUCCUAUCAAGAUGUAUAUAUUCUGCAUAGACAAUAAGACAACUGUCAGAUUCAGAGUCAUAAGUGUUAAGGGACAUUAGUUCUUAUUUAUUCUGUCCGUCCACCAUUGUUCCUUGCAUUGUAAAGUGCUUUUGUGUAGCGCAUGCUCCCUUCAGAAACUUUCUGGGACUUUGAAGCAGCCAGAAGCUUGAGGUGGUAUGAGUUUGGGAGUGUGUGGAAAUACUACUCAACUGUGUGCCUAGCUCGGCUAGCAUCAUGAUUUUUAUUUUUGUGAUGUGAUAAGAAUAAACAGUACACGUGGAUUUCUUUCUGUGGCCUGAAAAAGGGACCUUCACGACAGGUGGGCGGGGUGUGCACAUUUGGUGUCUGUCAUGUUCCCACUAGGAGUGCCGGGCAGGGGCUUGGAGUGCUCUUAUUAUUCCCUUCCUAAUAAAAUAAGGUCAGAUCACC